AUGCACAUCUGCUUCAACAAUCCCCUUGCUAUGGCGACAGUUGAGGCCUCUUGGUUGACUCAAGGUGGAAUCAACGUGGCAACUUACCAUAAAGGCUGUGGAGAUGAGAGCUCGGGAAAGCGUAGCUUUUUCCAUGCGACUCAGCCCUCCAUCAAUCUAGCGGGCAUGUGCAUUGUGGUGUCGGUUACUCCUAUCCAGGAAUCAGAUGCACUGGACUCGGGUGUCAUGACCUGGGGUACAUACAAAGACCCACAACAGAGAAAGAGAUCCCCUACCAAGGGCCAUGUUCGUGUCACCAAGCCAGCCGACUCUUUCAAUGGAGGCAGACCCGAUUCCCCAGCAGCGCGCAAUGUGUCAGAUAAAUAUGCUAGCAAUGUCACUAUGGAUGUCGCGUUAAACCCCUGGGCAUUGAAGAACUUUUUCAACAGCUCUGAUAUAGAUACGACACAUAUGGGUGAGAAGAUUGACCCCAUGAACUUUGUGGAUAUGGAAGAUCUUGAGGUCCCCGAGCCACCUACAAACAUGACUCGACGGUCAACCACGCGUCUUCGUACUGAGAGAACCAAGAGAACUACGACCGAGAUCUCAAAACGCUCUUCAAACGAACUUUCUCGACGAGAUAUUUUUUCUGAUAUUUGGAAUGGACUCAGAGACCUAGGUCGGGUUGGCGACGCGCUUAUUGAGAUCGCAGUCAUCACUGCAAAGCUGGUGCUAGUGCCUUUCGGUGUCCCAUUUGAUCACACCUAUCACAACGACAUCAAGAUCCAUGAAUACCUCAGGAGCAACAUUGGAGACCGGCCACCAGAAAUAUUCGGCAUCAAAGAUGGAUUUAAGCUCGCCAGCUCUGACAACUACUACAAUCCAAAUGAGUUCCACUGGACAGUACAGUGCGCGAAAUGUGGUGUUCAUGUCAACAUCGACAUAGAUGGCCGCUUAGCAUUCAGCAUCAAAAACGGUAUCACCGAAGGAAGUAUCUCAUUUAUCAACAAUGAUCCUUUGACCCUGGAUGCUCAGUUUGGUAUAAGCGCAGACGCCUCAGUGAGCGGAUCCAAGGGGAAAUCGAAGACUAUCAAGUCAAAGAAGACAAAGGAUCUAAAAAGCAUUCCCUUCGGUGGCUUAUCCAUUCCGGGCAUCCUCAAUCUUGGCCCUCAGGUGACCUUCGGGGUAGCGGUCGGCCUUGAGGCUGCAGGUAAGGUGGAAAUACUGGUUGGAGGUAUUGUGUCCAUUGGAGCAGGACACGCCAUUGCCAGCUUGAAAGGUAAAAAUGAAGUCAAAGGAUUUGAGCCAAAAUUCGAUCCCGUAUUUCGUGCAAAGGGUGAAUUUUCCCUUACUGGUGAUAUUGGAUUGCCUGUGGCGCUUGAAGUUGGACUCACUGUUCUUGAUGGGAAGUUCAAGAAAACCGUUGGGCUGGUCAACACUCCGUCCGUCUAUGUUAAGGCAACUGCAAGUUUGGAACUCCAAGCACGUGAGGAAAGUAUGGACCUCCAGACCCGCGAAGAGAGCACUUGUAAGAAUGGUGUUCAGUUGAAGGUUGGUGCGAAGAAUCGCAUCCACGUUGCAGGCUUCGACGUUUUCGAAUACGAGAUCGCAAAUAUCCCGAUUUUUGAAAAGGACCUUGGCUGUGUCAACGCGGACGGAUUCAAUCCUGGAGCUGAAAAACCAGCAAAGGGGCUUAUCAAGAAGGUUACCGACGAGAGCGGCGACUCUGGAGCAGGAAAGCCUUACAUUGCCGAUGCCACUCGAAACUUUAAAAAAGUUGAAGGCGCUCAAGGUUUCAAGAUCGUUAUGGCCGCUGAUAGUGGAAGUAUAAUGGUUACUGGAACCAACGGCGGUCUCUACCUUGUUGGCAAGGACAAAGGAUAUGAUGUCAGUGCACCAUGGGGCACUCUUGACACCGAAGCAAAGCCACUGACACUUGAUGUUUUUGGGCGAGUUCUGUCAUACAAGCUUCUGAAGUCUUACGACAAGAGUGAUUUGCUCGGCCAGCACGCUCCAAUGCUGGCCGAUCUGAUGGUGUCAGAUCCAAAGAGUGUUCCUGUGGGGUAUAAAGCCACGGCGAUGAAAGAGUUGGAAACAUCCCAAUCUAGGAAGACAUAUGGCAUACCCCUGGUGUAUGAUAACGCUUUGAAGGCCGUCACCAAGCCUAUUUACUAUCCAACUGCUUGCAAAACUCCCCUAGGAACAAUUAUUAUUGCGACUCGCGAAAUCAUCACCAAGGAUGGGAACGUCCAGUCGAUGUGGAGCCCUCAGUCAAGAUUCGGACCGAAAAUGGACCGUGAGCUCAUGGACCAUUACGGACUUUACAGAAAAGAGUGCAAGACAAUUCAGUUAAUUGCAAACUAG